AUGGACCUGGAAUUUAGAUGGCUGUCCGGGGCCUGCGGCUACCUGCGCGACCCACAGUGCCUGCUGGUGGCCACCGACCCCGACCCCUGGCACCCGCUCAGCGACGGGCAGCGCACCCCGGGGACAGGGAGUCUCACGGCUGCAGUGGAAACUGCCUCAGGGCGCAAGGCAGUGGUUGUGGGGAAGCCGAACACAUAUAUGUUCGACUGCAUUGUAGAGCGCUUUGGUGUGGAUCCUUCCCGCACCCUCAUGGUGGGAGAUCGGCUGGAGACAGAUAUCCUUUUCGGCAAGAACUGUGGACUUGCCACGGUCCUGACCCUGACUGGCGUGUCCCGCCUGGAGGAGGCACAGGCUUACAUGGCUAGCGAGAGCCCUGCUGCAAAGGACCUGGUGCCCAACUACUAUGUGGACAGCAUUGCAGACUUGAUACCAGGCCUGGAUGAGUAAGAGGUGGGGUGGAGCAGGGGAUUCCCUAUCCUAGUCCAGAUCUCCACCCAUUCCCAUUCUUCUCCCCCUUCUUCUCAAUUCUUGGCUCUAACCAGUCCAAUGUGCAUUCAUUUAUGUUGCGGGGGCCAAGGUAUGAGUAGUUGUCUUUCUUCCUUUAUAUUGCCAAGAACUGAACUUGCCUGAGCAAAUCAUUCCCCUUCAGUUAAAUCUGCUACCACUGACUAAAGGAGAACUGGAAGCCCUUGUACUAAAGGCCAGUUGGGGGCAUGUGCAAGCCAAACCACUGUCUGUUUGCUCCCCCUCCCUCAAUGAGUGAGGGCAGGCUGUCUUAUUUUUCUUCUGUAUAUAACCAAUGGCGGCCUUUUACUGCUAUGCCCUCCACUCUUUUGUUUGUUUCUGAGCUGUGGCUCUUGUGCUCCCCAUGGUGCCUGCUGUUUCCAAGCAGAAAUGGGCCAAUGAGUCCUUGCCAGGGGUGUAGUCGCUGCUGUUGUCUCCCUGACCCAUUCCAUGCCAGUGGCCAAGGUCCCUGCCUGGGCCCCAGAAGGCAUUGGGAGAGCAUCCACAGCUUGCUUUGACUCAAAGACUGGUGCCCACAGAGGAGGCAUGUAGCUCCCCUGCCCUGAAGGCAAGGAUUGUCUCUUAUCCUGAUUUAUCUAAUAACGCUGACACGUCCAUCUCCUGUAACUGAGUUUAGCAUCUUAGGCGAGGGGAGAGAAACAGUCCCAGCAACUCUGCCCUAAUGAUCCAGGCCUGCUGUAACUAUUACAGCCCACCUCUGUUGAGAACACUCUCCACAUACCCUUUCCUGUGCCUAGAAAAGGCUCUUCUAGCCACAGCAGUGAAAUGCAUCAGUAAUGAACUGUGUAGCUUUUGCCUGUGACUGAUGGGUUGUGAUCUCACUACUGCAGUGGGAAAGGGAUCCAUGUCCCUACCUCACUGCUGUCGUGUGGCUAUGUGCGGAAUAGCAUUGGUAUUGUCAGUACUGUGAACAUGCCACAGCCCCGGAAAUCAUUCCUUGCUGCUUUCUCUUUUUACAGUUUUAUUUAUGAAUUAACUUAUUUAUGGAAGUGUUUGUAUAAAUUAUUGCUGAUUGGCUGUGCCGGGGGUGAGGACAGCACCUUUGGGCCUCACUCACCGCUUCUGUCCCGUGUUGUUGUGGUUCUUUGACACUCAUCAUUUUUCAGUAUAUAAUAAAGUGCAAGCGUGAACUGGAAUUGGCUGUCUUCAUUCCCC